CUCGUAUAUUCCAGAAAAUUGAUGAGGACUUUGACUUCAGUACAAGAUGUUGUCUUUGUGUUCUCCAACUACAAUCUAAUGAACCCAACCACCUACGGCACACGGAAAGAAUUUCGUUGUAGUGUUCAUUACACCCAACAACCAAGUGCAGCAAUCACCAAAAAAGAAGAAGGCAAAUCAAAGUUUUGAACCUUGGUUCAAUAUCUAGAGUCCCUGCAAGCUCAACACAUCAGAGAUAAUCAAAAUGCAUCCUGCGCAGAUCGUUUUGUAUGGAUCAACUUUAUGUGUCAUGAUAACAGUGCACUUCUCCAUGAAGCUACUCGCUGAACAUGUUUUGAACUGGAAGAAACCAAAGGAGCAAAAGGCCAUAGUAAUUAUAAUCCUUAUGGCCCCAUUGUACGCUGUGGACUCCUAUGUUGGUUUGAUAAAUUUCUUUGGAAGUGAAGCAUUUUUCACAUUCUUGGACUCAAUUAAAGAGUGCUAUGAAGCUCUGGUGAUUGCUAAGUUUUUGGGCUUGAUGUACAAUUAUCUAAACAUCUCCUUAAGUAAGAACAUAGUGCCGGAUGAAAUCAAGGGAAGAGAAAUUCAUCAUUCAUUCCCAAUGACUCUUUUUCAGCCUCACACUACUCGUCUGGACCAUAAAACACUGAAGCUUCUCAAAAACUGGACUUGGCAAUUUGUUGUGAUACGUCCAGUGUGCUCAAUCUUGAUGAUAACUCUACAGUAUCUUGAUGUUUAUCCCACUUGGGUCAGCUGGAUAAACACAGUCAUUCUGAACAUUUCAGUGUCACUGGCAUUGUAUUCUCUUGUUGUUUUCUACCAUGUGUUUUCUAAAGAGCUGGAGCCACAUAAGCCUCUUGCCAAGUUUUUAUGCAUAAAAGGGAUUGUCUUUUUCUGCUUUUGGCAGGGAAUUGUGCUUGAUCUCCUGGCAGCACUAGGAAUAAUCCGAUCCCGUUAUUCCUGGCUAGCUGUGGAACGCAUUGAGGAAGGCUACCAAAACCUUUUGGUUUGUGUUGAAAUGGUUUUCUUCUCAAUAUAUCAGCAAUAUGCAUACAGUGCUGCUCCAUACAAAGUUAACAGUGCACCUUCAGAUAAAAAGUCAAAGUGAUUCCAGGACAUGGAUUACUUGGCUGUUAAAGAACAUCAAUGUAUGUACUUUCAAUAUGAGUGUUGCUUCUCUCCCACUUCUCUUCCAUGAGACAAUUAGUAAACAAAUGUGUGGCAGAGUCUUUUGAAUAAGAUCCAGAUACAUUGAUGCCUAUUCUAAUGAUCUAGAAAGUUUUGUCCAACAUUUCUGCUUGGAUUUUCUGCUUUAAUUAUUUGUAUUUGUCUUGACUCAUUGCAGACCUAAUUACAUUUGUGGUCUUACACCAACAGAAACCCUAAACCCCGAGUUACAAGCUAUUUACUAUUACAUACAUGAUUACAACCUU